CAUUCAAAUUUCAACGACCAGUCACCUCAGAUACCUACUCAGUACCCAAGUAUCUCCUUUCACAAAAUGCAGAAAAUCAAGCCCGUUGGCUGGUUCGGCCUUGGAUCGAUGGGUUUGCCCAUGGCCAUCAACCUGCAAAAGAAGCUUCAAUCUCACGGAGCCAACUUGACAUUCUCGAACCGCACUGUUUCAAAGGGAGCCGCACUGGUAGAAGCAGGAGCUGUUGCAAAGAACAACAUUGUAGAGGUUGCACAAAUGUGCGACGACAUUUUCACCAUGGUCUCGGUGGAUGCAGUUCUUCAGUCAUUAAUUGAGGAACUCCUCGCAAGCGGCAUCGACCUCAGCGGCAAGACGUUCAUCGACUGCUCCACAAUACACCCCGACACGGCGGGAUCCGUAUCGGAGACCUUGCAAAAGGCCGGCGCCACCUUUAUCGCUGCCCCGGUCUUUGGCGCCAACCCAGUGGCCCAGGCCGGAAGACUCAUCUUCGCCAUGGCUGGCCCCACUGCCACCAUUGAGCGUCUCGAGCCCCUGGUUGUUGAUGUGAUGGGCAGAAAAGUCAUCAACAUGGGCGAAGACGUGAAGAAGGCCCCCAUGUUGAAGGUUACAGGGAACGUGCUUCUCGUCGUAUUCCUCGAGGCCAUUGCCGAGACUCAAGUCUUGGCCGAACAGAACGGUAUCGGAAGCAACGUGAUGGAAGAUCUUAUCUUUGAAAACUUCGGACCGGUCUUGGGGAGCUACUCGCGCAGACUAACCAGCGGGUCCUGGGCUCCCAAGGAGGGCACGGCUGGAUUCCUGGUGUCGAACACCAUCAAGGACGCGAAACAUGCGCUGAGAGUCGCCAACGACCUCGGAGUGAGGAUGCCGGCGCUGGACAUUGCGGCGAACAACAUGCUCAGCGCCAGAGCGUACGGAGGCGAGAACCUGGACGGCGCAGCAUUGUAUGGAACCCUUAGAGCUCAAUCUGGUCUUCCGUUCUGGUCUGAGAACAGUCGUCAAGAGUGA